UACUCGUUAACGGUUGUUCCUCGUUCUUUCCCUCCUCCGGUCGUCGAUUCUCUAUUUUUCUUGUUUAAACCCUCUUUUCUUCUUCUUCCGCUGCUGCUGUUAUUAUAAAACCUCUGUCGAUCUUUGAAAGUCGUAACAGCAAGAGAACCUCCUCCUCUCGUUCUUUUACACAAUGGCACCCAUAACGAAGUACAUCGCUCUCUUCUCUCUUGCCCUCUCAGCAUCUGCUCUCACCAACCCCCAUAUCUCAAACAACGUUUUCAAUCACCGCCGUGCAGUUGCUCGCGUCGCCGUACAAGCAGUUACUCCCCCAGUCGCUGCUCCUGCGACUCCCCAGCGUAAACGUUCCUUAAACAAACGUUGCGUUCCCAAACCAUCUGGUAACUCUACUAGUACUGCAGUAUCAUCCUUCGCCACCUCUGCUCCUGCCACAAGCGUACCGUUCAACGUUGCUCCCUCCCCCGUCAUUCCUACCACCUUUUCUCAGGUAGUCUCACCGUCCCCAAUAAUCCAGUCCCCUUCCUCGUCCUCAUCCUCGUCCUAUGUUGCCCCUCAGGCUCCCGAGCAGACCCCGACCCCAACUCCUACACCCACACCUUCCCCAACUCCUACACCCACACCUUCCUCAUCUUCCACUAGCCAGGCUCCUGUCCAGACCACUUCUACAUCUAGUAGUAGUUCGUCGAGCAAUCCCAGCUACCUGAGUGGCACUCAGAGCGGACAAGGAACUUACUACGCGACUGGUCUUGGCGCAUGUGGUAUCACAAACACCGAUACUGAUUACAUUGCUGCUGUCUCGGAGUUGUUGUUCGACACCUACCCUGGCUACAAUGGCGUGAACCCCAACGACAACCCUGUGUGCAACAAGAAGGUCAUGGCUAUGUAUGAGGGCAAGAGUGUCACGGUGACCAUCACAGACCGGUGCACGGGCUGUCAAAUUGGUGACCUCGACUUCUCACCCUCUGCGUUCACCUCAUUGGCUUCUGAGUCAUUGGGACGCAUCGAUAUCACGUGGGUCUGGGUCUAAGCAUUUCGCUCUCGUUAUGCCUUCAUGCUUUCGCGACCAAUGGGCCUUAAAGCCUCCGACAUUUUUUUAUUCAUUAUUCUCGCAGUUAAUACUUCAAGCUAUAUAUAUCCCUUCCCGACAGGCUUCGCGCCAGACGCCUCUCUGCGAGAGCUUGGGAAGCGCUGUCGGUUUCACUCAUUUCAUAUACCCACACACUCACGCGUGCUACGUACUUACGAUCACUGGAUGAUUCCUACAUACUUAGUUGAUGGGUCGGUGGAAUGAGUGGUUGUUGCUUGCUUGCUUGGGUCUUGCAGCGCUUUUCAUCUUGAUAUUAAGCUGUGGUAGAAAAUCUUAUUGUGCACCUUGUAAUGCAAAUGGAAUAUAGAGUUUGUCGUCUGGAUGUACAAUGUGCAUGCUAAACUUGUUAUGUGCACAAUGUGCGUGGUGACAGCCAUCUUAUCG